AUGUUCGUGCGAGUAAACGCGGAUAAUACUUCGGCACGUAUAGAAAGUUCCCUUCUACAUGUACAUAUAUGUAUGAAGGGCCGUUGUCGGUCAUAAAAAGUUAACUGUCAAAAGGCGGAAGCCACUCAGAACAUACACGUCGUAUACAAAACAUCAGAAAACACCUCAUCCGCCCAGAUGGUUAUACCCAAGCAUGUCUUCCUCUUGAUGCCGGAUAUACAAGCAAAAAAGCGGUUAUGUGUGGUAUUUUUUUAUAUAUUUGGAAAAAAAAGGUUAUGAAUAACAAUGAAGUGAAACGGCUUAAAAUGGUCGAAUGAAAAUAAAGAAACAAAAGUGAAAAAUGAAAAGUGGCAGAUGCACAGAGUAGCAAGUGAGAUUUAUGUGAGAAAUGCUUUGGGAAAUAUUACAAAUCAAGCGGAUAUACGAGUUUAAUUCCAAGUGUGAAGUGACUUAAAUAAUUGAAUACACGUGAUUGUACUGAUUGUACUAUUAAGCUUCGCUAAUGAAAUUUUCUAUGUCAAAAAAAAUUCGUCAGAAGUGCCAAAAUAAAUUAAAUAUUUAUCGUUCACCAUGAACAAGGAAUACCCAGGAACUGCUGUUCUUUCAAUAUCAAAGAAAAGUGAAUUGAACCACCUUGCAGGAAACAAUAAUCAAAACUAGAUAAUUUUAGUCAUAAAAUCACUAUACGCGUGUCUUCAUAAAAUACAUAUUUUCAUCAUGGCAUAACAAUUGGAAGAAAGACAUAUGGAAUAUAAAUUCGCACAUGCAUUCAAACAUAAUGACUAAAAUUAGGGUUUGGUCGGUCCAGCUGAGACUCAGUGAAAAACCGCAUGAAAACGAUGGAAAAAUAAGGCAUGAAGAAAGUCUGAAUGGAGCACAGUCAGCUUUAUCAACGGGGCCCAGAACGUAAAAUGAAAAGUGAGGCAUUGACGUCGGUAUCGUCUUCAUACACCGCACCGAAGGGAAGUGAGAAGAAUGAGGCAGCCAUCAAAUUUCUGCCAACUGCGACUUAUGCCUUUAAUAACCUUUGUGUCGGUCAUUGGCUCGCAAAUUCACAUAUUUUCGACAUCAGCCUCGCCCGUAAUAAAUAAUAGAGAAAAUAUUGAGGCAGUUAACAUCACUGCCAAGGAAACAUUUGGCUCAACAUUAUCCUUAUCAUCAGCGCCCAUGGGAAUAGGAACAACAGCAACAGCAGCAACAACGCCAACAAUAUUCACGCCAUCACCCCUGUUUGGCAACUCCUACAGAACGUCCAUAACUAUGAACGGUAGAACAAAUAGCGCGAAAGGUGAAGGUAUUGAAGGCGCAGGAGGGAUGGGUAGUACAAGCUCUAUUCCAAAUAAUCAAUGGACCAUUUCAUCGUCAACAAAAAGAUUAAAUGCGUUUACAAGUACAAGUAAGAUGCCAUUUGAUUAUUCGCUCACCAAGAAGUGGGCUAGUUCAGAUGCAGUUAGUUUUCAUGCCUCAUCACCGAUGACCUCUGUGACAUCUGCCGCUGCAACACCGGGGGACAGACCUCGAACGUUUCGCAACAAGCACCACCACGAGCAUCACUGGGGACCGUUUUUCGAAGAGCCUCUCAAUUCAACAACAUCAGGCGAGAAUCUCCUCUCGGCGCAUUUAUAUACAGAAGCUGCACUGAAUUGCAGAGUGGGAAUGUUGAAAGACAAAACUGUCAUGUGGGUCAGACGAACAACAGAAAAGGUCUCUUUAUUAACUGUUGGCAAUAUAACAUACAGCGGCGACCCAAGAAUACGUGUCAAGUUUCAGUAUCCGAACAAUUGGCGACUGUUCAUUAACCCGACGCAAAGGGAAGAUGCAGGUGUCUAUAUGUGCCAAGUUUCAACGCAUCCUCCACGAGUCUUUACAACAAAUCUGACCAUUUUAGAACCGCCUUUGCGUUUAAUAGACGAUCAGGAGCGAGAAGUGAGUGACCGAUAUUACAAAGCAGGCAGCACCAUCGAUCUUUAUUGUCAAGUGUCUAGAAGUUUUCUACUUAAGGAGAAAGUAAAAAUUGAAAAUUCCAUACAACCGUACGAGCAAAAUAGAACAAAAGUGAAUCCUAACAAAGGUAACACAGGGGCCAACCGGCUGGGUUCCGGAUAUAAUGAAUUGGUGUCGAAUAACAACCAAAGCAAUGCCAAGCUGUCAGGGCACGCGUUUGAAAAACAAUUUAUCAGUAUGAUAUUUUGGGCAAAGGACGACGAAAUAUUGCCUUCUACGGCAAUUAAACGAACAAGCACAUCGGAAAAGUGGCUUAUUAGUCGUAUUUCUAUACCGGAUGCCAAACUGAUUGAUAGUGGAAAUUAUUCGUGCUCCAUUGGUAGACUCUUCACGGCCAUUGUGCAGGUGCAAGUACUUACAGGUGAAUUGCCAGCUGCCGUUCAACAUAAUGCCGCCUCAGACAUGCUGCCUACUGCCCCUGUGCUACUGUUUUCAAAUUGGAUAGAUUUAUUAUUAUUGUUGCCUUCACUGUUACUUCGCGAAACAUAUCGCCUUCUAUUCGAACGGGCUUAUAAAUAAUGCACUUAUUAAAUUGCAUAUACUC